UGGCGAGGAUGCUGAGACCACUGAAGUUAACCAGGACACCGAACAAAGAGGACGCUUACACCCCGACCAGGACGAGUCCUUCCUCUGCUCUCCAGGAGGCUUUGAAGUCAACAGGUGUAAUCGGACAGUCAGACUCUUCCUCUUCCUCGUCAGCGUUCAUCUGACCUCCUCUCCAGCCUGACACUAUGGACACAGCUGCAGUGGGGACUCUUCUGGCUCUGCUCAUGGCGACGGCUGGCGUCAGUCAGGCUCUUCACAUCCAAGGUGGUCUGGACAAAAAUGACAUCCUGCCAGGCAGCUCAGAGGAGAACAUGGCCGACCGCCUGCUAGGGCUGGAGAGUGAGAUCACAGAUAACAGCGUUGAUGAUCGUCUGCUGGCCUCAGUGCUCAGAGCUCUGCUGCUCGGGUCUCAGAGAGAAACCAGGAACUCUGUCCUCCAUCAGCCACAGAGAUUCGGCCGUGGAUCCAGAGGGCAGGUUGUGUCGGAGGAUCAGAUACAGUCUCGUAACUGGGAGGGAGCCCCCGGUCAGAUCUGGAGUAUGGCCGUGCCCCAGAGAUUUGGCAAGAAAUAAUCUGGCAGGCAGAUCCACACACAUCACUGUCCUGGUACGAGGCCAAGCAGCGGCCAACUGUGGAGAGACUAAAUUUGAAUGAAUAAAUCUGAAUUAUUUUAACACCUCUCCCCUUCCUUUCAACACCGUCUCAGCCCAUUAGGCCUGACUUGACACCCGACAUUUAGUUAAAGAUGACAGGAGCGUCUUCUGUUAAGAUUUCCAUCACUGCAAAGCAUGUUAACUGGUGCCUGUUAAAGUUUUCUGAGCAGACCUUAUUUGUCUUGACUUGAAUGUUAUCAAGGACCAAACGUUUUUGCUGUAAAUUGAUCGCUCAGAUUUGUUUUUUUUUUUAGAAUUUCUUUUGUUCUCUGGUCAAAUAAAAGAGCUUUGAACUUGGAA